GGUAUGACUGUGCAGAGGGGCUGGUUAGAUAUUGACUGAGAAGUGCAGACAAAUAGAGGGGGUGAGUUUCAUGUAGAGGAGGAGUGAGGGAGAGGAGGUCAUAGACUGAACUAAGAAAAGGGAGGGAGUUCAGGCCAGAGAAGGAGAAAGGCACACAAGUCUUGGGGGCUGUGAAAUAAGCUGAAACGUAGUGGAAUCAUUGAGAAAGGAUUAGCCGGUGACCGAGGACAGUUACUUUCCCUUAACUUCCUGCAGCAUCUGGCAAGCUGGAAGCAUUCCUGGAGCCGGGAUGGGAAGAAGACGUUGAAGCUGCCAAACUCACAUAAAGAGAAUUCUGAGUUCAGAACAAGCGUCUCACUGUGUGCCCCCCAACGCCUACGAUGGGCCAGACGCACUGCCAUAAAAUGAGUCGCCCAGGACCCCGACAACUCCAAUCAGGUGUGUGAAUUGGGGGACUGGGGGCUGCUGAGGCCACAGCAACACAUGGAGACAGAGGAGAGCCUCAAAGAGACUGGUCUACGCUGCCCACAACUGGUCACAUUUGAAUGUGGCGAAAAUGGCAGUGGAGGUUAACCCAAGACAAUGUAUCCCUGCUGGAGAAGAGAAACCGAGUGCGGUGUACAAACCCUCAAGGAAGGUCAGAGCUGCAGGUGGUAGGACCAGUACUGAACAGUUGGAUAAGCCAGUAAAGCAUGAAGAAGAAUAUGGGGCGAGGACUUCUGUGUUACAAAGUAAGGUGAAGGCCCUGAAGGAAAAGAACAUGAAGGAGAAAAAGGAGACCAACAUUUUGAAAGAUGAAGGUGGAGAAAAGGACAAGGAAGAUGUUCUCGUGUCUCCUCAACUUCGAACCUACCUGACGGAGGAGUUAUUAGAAUGCACUAAGAAUGGAAGGUAUUCUGGUGUUCACCAAGGGAGCUGGGGAUCUGAUGAGCUGUGGGGGACGUACAGCUCAGAUGGGUCCUCAGAUGCUCACAGCAAUGGCUGCAAAAUAGUAAACUCAUCAAACCACAGUCAAAACCCACAGAACAACUCUUCACUCUGUCUUCAGGAGCAGCUCCAGCCUUCAUCUAAUGAUCUGAGUGUGCCGGAGAACACCACAGCACGGGAUUCGAUCUCUCUGACCCUGGCUGAAAAAGUAGAGAGAAACAGACAGGAGCUGAGGAGUAAAUUUGGCAAAUCAGUCAAUCGUGGUGGAGAGAUCACUCACAGUCAAGGGCAAACCAGCAAAAGCCGUGAGUAUAACUGGAUAAUCACGGGUGAUGUAGAUGGAGACUUGGGGUUGGAAAUACCUGUGAUUGAAGAGUGUGGGGAGCUCAGCGCCCGUCACGAACAGGCCAAGCAGCUGCUACAAAGAGCACGGAUGAAAGCGAAGGGGGCCAGUCCCUUGCGAGCAUCCCACUGUGUCCUUGCACAUCCACACUCGCAGCCCACUCUUCGCCGGGGCCCCAACAUCUCAGGUGCUGUGACAGACGGAGGAUCCUUAAGUGACAGCUCCAGCAGUGAGUAUUCUACUUGGCAAAAAGGUUUUCGAGGGAGUUCACCUUCUCAUGUACGCUUCCAGGAUGAGUCUGAGCGGGAGGCUGAAGAAAGAUACAGGGAACGACAACAGGUUCCACAGAAGGUCUCUACUCCACCACCCAAGAGACAGCCAAAUGGUCCUAUUUCCUGGACGGAACAACUGUCACCUUCAGGGAAUGGACAGUGUGGAACGUGUAGCUCUUAUGUCAAAGGAACAGGCACCAGUCCAGCUGCCACACAUGGUACAAACCUACGCAAUGUCCAUUUGGGUUCUAAAAUGACUCAGGAUGGCUCUGUGAGCUGCCCUCUGGGGGUUAAACCUUCUCCCCACUGGAUUUUGCCCACUCAACCAUGGCGAAUGUAUACCGAGUUGAUCCGUGAAACGCACAUUGGCAGUGACUCUACUCCUGAUUCUUCUGGAGAGGAUGAUGGUAAUCGAAGCCACAAUAAGAAAAGUCGUGACUGGGGCAUGCACAGACACUGUAGAAAUAACUCAGCCAAUGCUACUCCUGAACAAGGCGCCAAGGUACACCUUUUAGAUACAUAUUCUGAGAGCGAAAUACGAGUGGGAAGAUCACUCAUCGAUCAAAAUAAUGGAAAUGGAAUUGGUACUUCAAGCAAUGUUUUAACAAAUAGGGGGAAAAAUAAGUCAAACCACUUAGAACCCAUAGGCAAAACAUCAGAAACAAAUCGGGAGAAAGGCACUGCUGCAAGAAGUUAUUGUGUGGACUCAGUGAGGACCGGCUUAAGGAAGAGUCCACAAAAUACAGAAGCAAAAUCCACACAAAGACACAAAAAUUCAGCCCUAGAAUUUGACACUAAACCGAAUACAUCCAUCCAAGAAACUGGAAUUGGGGCUAUUGUGCUAAAUAUUGACACUAAAGAUGGAAAUUCUAGAAUGCAUUUGACAGACUGUAGAGCUCCAGUUACUCCAGUGAUUCAGUGCACGUCACAAGCUAUUUCUUCCCCUUUUCCAUCUGGCCAUGUGCCUGCCCCACCUUCUGGGAAAGCGCCCAUAAUGAUGCCAUCAAGAAGCAGACUUUCACUACGGCCGGGAGGCAUCAGUCAGCAGCCACACAACUCACAGGAAGGCGGCAUAGUGCAAGCCCCCCAUGAGAAAAGGGAAUCUCUAUCCAAACCAGUGCCAAACAGCAAGAAAACCACGCAAGAAGCCCUUGGGGCUUCAGAUGGUCACCAACUUUCUCAAGGAAUGACAUCUAAAGAUAACAAAUCUAGAGAACGGACUCAGAAAUUGAAGAAACACACAGAAAAUAAAAAGACAAAAGAAGUCAAGGAAAACGGGGACGUCAUAAAACACCAGGAACCCAGGGAACUUGACAGACCCUACACCAGCAGUAGACAAAAAGACUAUGAGAGACAUCCGUCGUUUAAAGACCAAAGAGACAAAAACCACGGUUCGGGAACCCUAUCUAAGGAACAGGAGAAGAAUGAAACGCAUCAUUCUAAAAGGGAAGAAAAGUGCACUGAAAAUUCAGGAAUAAACGGGCAGCUAACUUGCAGCAGCAACACAAAUACAGGAUCUGGCCAAUGUUUCCGUGAAAACAGCUUUCACUGCCAAACAAGUGACUUGGGAAUUUCAACCAAGGACCGCUACCCGGAACUACCAGAUGAGGGCUCAUUGCAGCCUGCAGUAAAAAAGGGAGACAUCCGUAGCGGGAUGAGGAAAAUCUUUUCCAGUAUUGGCCUGACCUCGCGGCCCAAGCUGGAGCGUUUCCAGUCCUCUAGUCUGGAGCAGAUUUCUUCCCCUGGGUCCAGUUCAGCAAAUGGAGACUCUGAAUCGUUUGAUGGAUCCGUGAAGUCUGGGAAGAUAAAGAAGAGUCCCUCGCUGCAGUCCCUGAAACUGAUGUCGCCAUUUCACCUCCCAAGGAAAGCCUCCUCUGUGCAGAACCUGCUGGGAAAAUCUGACCGCUCUUCUGUCUACAUUACAGGAGAUAUGAACACCGCUCCAAGGCGUACCCUCAGUGUGGAGGAUAUCGGAUCUCCUGGAAAAGCACGUGCGUUAGGGAAAGUGGCAGAAGUUUACCCAGAUGGUACGCGCCUUUUAGAACUGCAGCGCCCUGAAAAUGGCACAUUUGGCUUCAGGAUUUCAGCUGGUAAUGGAAGGCCGGAUUCAGGUAUCUAUGUACAGGAAAUGAGUGAUCCCGACACGGCCAAGCUUUACUCAGGUCUUCUACGUGUCGGAGAUGAGGUCCUGGAGGUGAACGGUACAAAAGUGUCAAUACUUGGAAAGACUCGCCUCACUGAGCUUAUGAACCGGGAACCUGUCUUAUCAUUACGUGUAUUGCACCAGAGACGGACCAAGUGUUGAGUGCACAGAAAAUAUAUGAGUAAUUGCAUUACAUUCGUAUGGUGAGCUGAUUAUUUGUGCUAAAAAAAAAAAAUAUAGAAAAAUCCUCUCGCUGUUAUGGAAAUGAUUCUCUAUUGAGGUCAUUGUUUCCGUGACGUAGGGAAAGGUUGAAGUAUUAGGAAAGGACAGUAUUGAGCUCUUUGAUGUAUUUUUCAUAAGGCCUCUUUUUGUUUACCAAACUGUUUUGCACUGUCUUUUGACAUCACGUUUUGUUUAACCUACAACACUGGCGUGUCACUCAGAAGAAAAGCCUAUCCGGUACGGCUCUGCGCACAAAUAAUCCUCAGCAUGACUAUGGAGCUCUCAUGCCAAGCAGUAUUAAACUGAAUGAAAUGGACUUUGUUUAUUGCCCUGGGUGGGGGCUUGACCCAGUUGCACAGUCCUUGUCUAUAUAUGUGUAUUUAUGAGUCCUACGCGCCUCACUGCCUGAUUUUAAUAUAUUAAACGUUUCUAUAUACAAUGUGUUUUA